UGAGACGACAUCUCACUUGGUUUGGUACAUUUACCAAAGAAGGCUUAACCCAUCCCAACAGACAACCACAGAAACAUGUCUCAGCAAAGACAGACCGGAAGCUGCUGCUGCUGUGGAGGUUCAGGCUGUGCCUGCUGUGGCCGAGGAAGUAAUCGAGGCAGUUCCUGCUGCGCGGCCUCUUCUGGUGGUGUCCAGCAAAUCCGAGGGGGUUCCUCAGGCUGCUGUGGAGGAGGAAGCGGAGGAAGUGGAGGAUGCUGUGGAUCCAGACAGCGUGUCGUUGUAGUCCAAGGAGGCCAAGGAUCAUCCUGCUGCGGCAGCGGUGGUUACGCUGGCCUUCAACAAGUUUCCGGAUCUGGACUUGGCUACUAUGGUGGUAGCGGUGGCGGUGCAGUCUGCUGCAGCAGCGGCGGCGGCGGUGCAGUGUGUUGUGGCAGUGGCGGCAGGGGUGGUGGCGCAGUCUGUUGCGGCAGCGGUGGCAUGGGAGGUGGCUCAGUCUGUUGCGGCAGCAGUGGCAGUGGACAAUCUGGACAGGUCAUUGUAGUUCCAGCUGGUGGUUAUGGUGGUUAUGGUGGUUAUGGUGGACAGUCCUCUGGAUGCUGUGUUGGGUCUGGUUUUGGCGGGUCUGGUUUUGGCGGUGGCAUGUCCCAGCAAAAAGUCCCUGUAGUGGCCAUGGGUGGUGGCGGCGGAGGAGCAGUUUGCUGUAGCAGUGGCAGUGGGGGAGCUACCUGUUGUGCUUCAGGAGGCUCUAGUGGUGGUGGAGUUCAGGUUGUGGGUGCGGGACCCAGUGAUGGUGGAGUUAAGGUUGUAGGUGGGGGACUCGAUGAUAGUGGAGUUAAGGUUGUAGGCUCUGGUGGUAGUGGAGGAGCUGUGUGUGUGAGCAGUGGCAGUGGAGGCGCAGGUGCAGUUAAGGUUGUAGGAGGGGGUCUUGGAGGAGGCCUUGGCGGGAAGCUUGGAGGAGGCCUUGGAGGAGGCUUAGGUUCUGGUGGGAAAACUGUUGUAGUAUCAGGUGAUGGAGGGAGUGGUGGUGCAGCUUGUUGUGCUACAGGGGGACCUAGUGGGGGCUCCAUCAUUGUUUCCUCUGGAGGUCCUUCUGUAGCACCUAUGAUGAGCCAAACCAAGCAGGCUGUGUCAUUGCCACAAAACUUUAAGUGAAGUCUCUUUGGAACCACGGUCCAAACAACUAAGGGGAAUCUAUCUUCACGAAUGUACAUCUCAUCUUCAGUUUGUCAUGUUAAGCUGAUGGCUCUUUGCAUGUAGCAUUCCUUGCGCUUCUCUUUCCUUUUCAUGUUUAACGUGUUUCUGUAAAUUCUGACACCUGGAAUUGUUUGCAUGGUCUUUGGGGUGGAAAGGGGCUAAUGACAACCCCAUCCACCAGUUUUCUGCUUCAUUCUCCAUUACUGCAUGGCAGAUAAUAAAGCUUACCUCAAAAUGAA